CGCAAAGACCAGACUAUAAGUAUAGCGGAACCGUGGUGAAGUGUUUUUCAUGAAAACUAAACAUGGCUGCGUCGCGUCUGUGUGUUUUCCUGGCUCUUUUAGUGUGCGCAAAGGUGGUGGCUGCACAGUCUGUCUGGUGUGAUCUGAUGUGCGACGACGAUGACGAUGACGAUUAUUCUGACGAGGACGUAUUCGGUGACAUUUUCGGGCUCAUAUUCGACCCUUGCAGCGGCUGCAGUUCCAAGCCUACGAAGAGCAAGACGACCACACCUGCACCGGGAAUGCAGCAGCCUUUGAGCAUUGUUAUACCGCCAGCUAACGGCGUGAACCUGACAAUGUUGAACACGGGGACCUCAUGGCUCAUGAACUUCAUGCCGUGGCCCUUCAAGCCGUCUGCCUCAGCUCCGUCCACAACAGCCGCCCCCGCCACCACCGCGGGUACCAAGCCAGCGGGCAAUACCACUGCACCUGCUACUACUGCUAAACCUUAUAAAAUAUGAACGGGCUUCUAAACGGACCAUGUUUUCACUGCAACAUAUGGCGGCAACUAUUGGUGUCUUGUGCCUACCAUGGUUGUCAUUUGUAUCUUUCAUCGAACACGGGUUACACAUCAUGGCCGAUGAACUUUGCUGUGGCUCUUCAAGCUGACAAACUCAGCUCCUUUAAUAACGACGAGUGUCAUUUGGCCUAGGCACAUAGCUAUAGACUAGCAUAGAAUAUUAAAGAUCAUAUUUUCCCACAUAAACAAGGCCUUCGAACUUCCUUUUAUCGUGACUUCAUAUAGGUAAAAUAACUCACAGUUCCUUUUAACACAAUCUUGUUUGCUUAUGCAUAAACAAGGAACGGUGUUCAAACGCCGGUCCUAGUAGUAGGGAAGCCAGCGAUAUUUAAUUUAAAGUUACUGAAAUACACUUACUGUUACAACAACAACAUACAACUUGUCAGUUACUGACAUACUGACAAGUUGUAGACUUGUAGAGGCUUUGGUAAUUUUCUUCUUUGUAUAUAAUGACAUUUAUGUUAAUUAUGUGACGGUUACCAUCGUAAUUUCGCUCCCGAUCUUUUUAAAUUACUAACGGCCCAAUAGAAAGAUGCAAAAAAUAAUUUCCAGAUUAAAUAAAACUUUCAUUUUAACUUAACUUGAAGACAAAUCUCUCAUAUUAAAAUCAAGAAUCAUUCAUAUCUGUGCACUUCAGUAACUUUAAAGAUAACUUGGGCUUCCCUACCAUAUAUAAAACAGCACUGUUUUUGUGCGGUAACGCCAGUUACACGUGCCCGUUUGUUUUUCGCCUCGCACACGAAUAUGUAACUGUAAAACAAAAGAAAAGAAUCACUUUUCACAAUACAAACAUGUUUAUAAACUUCACCCGGUGAAGCCCAAAGUUGCACAUUUGUUUAGCCCUCAAUUCUUGAAUCCUCGCAAAACUCAAGAUUCCAAUUCUCAAUUUUGGAAUCUUCCGCUAGCUGGGGUAUCAAUCCUGGCCCCAACAAAUAAAAACUGUACUCAGGUAGAAUAGGUAUUAUAGUCCUAGUUCUUAAUCAGACCUACUACAAAUACCUACUGAAACGUGAUUCAUUCGACUUACGUAUGUUUUAAGAAAUAUGUUGUACAAAAUUAAUUCUAAGUUUUAUUUUAUGCGGUACUAUAUACUUAAAUAAAUUGUUAUAAAUAAACAAGGUACUGAAAUAUGUA